AUGGGUCUGUUAAAUGUGAUACCUCGAAACAUAGAUGGAUGUUAUCAGCAAGCUGAAAGCAGAACAGACCAGGUCGGCCACAGUGUUUGCCUUCGGAGGGCGUACAGUCUUGUGGGUAUAAAAGUUAUUUUGCAGAACCUUCUUAUAUGCGUCAUCCUCUUCUACACUGUGUACUAUGCAGUUCUGGGCAUGGGUUGCAUGAUUUUCCGGGUAUAUGAGUUGGAUGUCGUGGCAUCAUUUGAUUUCAAAACAAAUCCUUCAUGGCUCAACUAAAAUUAUAAAGUUCUUUUAGUUUCAACAGAGGGCACCUACUUUGUUUGUGGAUUGCUUUUUGUUUUGGUUGUGGAAGAAUGGGUUUGGGAUUAUGCAAUUUUAGUAACUAUUCUCCAUGUUGCUAUCACUUCAACUGUUAUGUUGAAAUUCCCCUUAAUAUCUCAUUGGUGGGCUGCUUUAGGUUCCACUACACUGAAACUUCUCCACCACAUCUUCAAGGUUAGCUCCACAGUGUCGAAGCCAGAUUUUCAAGGUGUCAAUUGGUCUUGGGCAGCAUUUAAUAUUGUUGAUCCCUCUCUGCUUCUUGAAAAAGUGACAUCUCAUGACUGUCAUGGCAUUGCUGUCCCUUUUUUCCCCCUCUAA